GCCAUAAAUCUUUUGAUAAAUUUAUAACAAUCAUCAAACAUUCAUUCAUCCAUCCUUUCGUUUUGUUUUCUAAUCAAUUCCAGAGUGAACCAACAGUAUACACAAACCGUAGGCCAUUUAUUAAAUCUUUUCCAAUAAAAUAAUAAGUCUUUCAAUUAUCUGGCAAAUAAACACCAUAAAACAAUCAUAAGAAUAAUAGAAUGCAGCGAACAGAUGGAUUAGUACAAAGGCGUGUAGCCAGUUCAGCAAGCGCCAAUAAUCUCAAUAAAGAAAAUGAAGAUAAUAAUUGCUAUAAUGGUGAUUAUGAUUCAUCGUCAAAAGAAACAAGAUUAACAUUGAUGGAAGAAGUGUUAUUAUUAGGUCUAAAAGAUAAAGAGGGUUAUACUUCAUUUUGGAAUGAUUGCAUAUCGACCGGCCUUAGAGGAUGUAUAUUAGUCGAAUUAGCUUUACGUGAUAAAAUUGAAUUGGAAAAAUGUCCAGGUAGAAAACGGCGACUUUUGUUGCGUAAAGUUAUUAUUAAAAAUUCCGAAUCAACGGGUGAUGCUUUACUUGAUGAAGCAUUGAAACAUAUCCGCGAGACAGAAAUUCCCGAAACUUUACAAAGCUGGAUUGAUUAUCUUAGCGGAGAAACGUGGAACCUAUUGAAAUUGCGAUAUCAAUUGAAAAAUGUUCGUGAGCGUUUAGCCAAAAAUUUAGUUGAAAAAGGCGUGUUAACAACUGAAAAGCACAAUUUUUUCCUAUUUGAUAUGACAACGCAUCCAUUAAUCAAUAUGAAUAUAAAGAAUAAGAUUAUUAAAAAAGUACAAGAUGCUUUAUUAUCCAAAUGGGUGAAUGAUCCACAUCGGAUGGAUAAACGAAUGUUAUCAUUAAUAUUAUUAAGCCAUUCAUCGGAUGUAUUGGAUAAUGCAUUCAUGUCAUUAUCGGAUGAUGAUUAUGAAGUUGCAAUGAAACGUACACGUGAGCUUCUUGAAUUGGAUAUGGAAGCUGAAAGUCAAAAACCAAACACCAAUGAAUUAAUAUGGGCUGUUUUCGCUGCAUUGAUCAAAUCGAAUUGAGUUCAAACUAAUUUCUUCUACUUUCCGAUUUUGUUUUCAACAGAACAUCUCAAAAAACGAAAUCAAACUUUGAUUGUGAUCAUCAUUUAUUUCAACUAUCAAGCAACAAAAAAAAACUGAAAAUAAUCGAUUUUACAAAAUAACAACAUAAUUUUCAUUCAUU